AUGGCACCAAAAGCACCUCAUAGCCGGGUCGAGUGUCGCCAACGAGUACACCCCGCAACAAUCUCACCAGCUGGACCAACAAGAAAGAAACUGUCUGUUGUCGACGCAACUGUGGCUCGAUGGGCAGCAUUUGGCGCAACCUGGUUGUUCAAUUCCACAGAAACAUCGCAAGAUGUCUUGUUGCAUCAGGACCUCCUAAAACAGACCCUGCGAGAAACCCUUGACGAUUACCGGCAUUUUAGUGGAGAAUUGCGAUGGGCGACUGAGAACGAUGUCGAUCCCAGCGACCUACAACAACGCUACACUGGCCGACCCAUCAUCACAUAUAGUGCAUCUACUGACCCUGGGGUUGAAUUGAUCCAUGCUUCUUAUGACCAGCCCUUGAGCGAUAUUGUACCCAGCGUCCAAGAUCGUUGCAAGAACAAGAACGCCUGGGUUAAUACUCACUUUCCUCAGAAUGAGCUUUUGCCCAAGUGUAAACUGGCUUUUGAUUCAAGCUUAGCCGAAUACAAAGAUGCGCCAGGCUAUCCUACGUGGGCAACGGCAUCUACGAAUGCAACGAAGCCGGAGAAUCUGGACCAAAUCAAACUCAGCCCAUCGGCCUUUCCGCCAUGGCCGACAUGGGAUGUGACAGCCCCUAUAGAGCACGUGCAAAUCCGAUUUGGAGCAAACGAAGUGGCCAACAUGAAACAGGCCGCUCAGGCCGCUCUACCUCAUCAUCAACGGAACUCACCGCCCAUCUCGCGUUUCGAUGCCCUUCUCGCACAUUUGUGGAUCCUCAUCAACCGCGCUCGCCAACAUCAAGAAACACAGGAAGGCAUCUAUAUGAACAUCACCCUCGGCCUCCGAAACCGCAUCAGGCCACCACUGCCUGAUACCUUUACCGGAUCGCCGGUCCUAGUGGGCCAUAUCUCACACCGCGGAUCAGAUACAUGCUCGGCUGAAGAUCUGGGCACUAUCGCCCUCUCGAUCAGAAACAUGGUAUCACAAUUCACCCCUGAGGCCGUCACUGCGUACCUGCACGAUGCGGCGCACGAGGUUAGCCCGCAGAGGUUGUGGCAAACUUUCCUCGGGCACAACCACGUCCUUGCCACGUCGUGGACGCGGCUUGGUGUUUAUGAGCUCGACUUCUGUGGGACGAGACCUGUCUAUGUCCAAGAUAGUAUGCCACGCGUGGAUGGGAUGUUGCAGGUGAUUGAUGUCGGUGAGGGGGCCAAGGACUUUGACAUUAGCUUGAGUUUGGAAAGCGACGAUGGCUACCUGCUCUUUGAAGACGCUCAGGAUAUGAAGCUGGCCGGCGGUGCUGGCCAGAACCACUCAAGUUGUGACCUGUGCGCGAUCAUAUGGUGGUCCCUCCGGCAUGACUGGAGGAAGCGGCCCCUCAACCGUGGCCAUGGAGAGUUUAUCGCCGGUGACUUCAAUGUGAGGGUCUAUCGAAACCCGCCGCGAGGAGCCGGUGCGAUUCAACGACUAGAUGUUCUUGUCAUGCCGCCAGGAAGCAGCCGAAACUUUUCGUGGUCGCCCGACCAACACGGAUCUUGGCGCAUAGGGCCAUUGGAUGAAAAGCCGUGGCUGGUACGGUCGCACCUCACGGUGUACUCAGAUACGAGUUGCGCUGAGAACCGCCAGACCUCAUCAGAAACAGCUUUCAAGCUCCCGGAAGCAUACUCUGGCUCCCCUCAAUCUCUAGAUUUGGUUUCUCAAUGGUUGGCGGACUGCGUGAAGCGCCACGGGUCAAACUGCUCGGACGACGAUGAGAGCGUGCUACCAAAACAUGUGAUUGAAAUCGGGGACCUCGUCCAAGAUGGAACGCUGAGCACACGGAUCAUUACCACCAAUGGUAGCCGGGGUAAAUAUCUAACACUCAGCUAUUGUUGGGGUCGCGGUCCGUUUUUUACCAUGACUUCUGAUAACAUCGAUGAGUUGCACGAUUCCUUACCAGUGGCAAAGCUGCCUCAGACAAUACGUGAUGCUGUCUCCCUUGCAAAGCAUCUCGGCUUCCGCUACCUCUGGGUCGACAGCCUGUGCAUCAUUCAAGGGGGUGAUGUCCUGUCUACCGCCGAUUGGGAGGAGCAGUCACAAGAUAUGGACUCUUCGAGCGUUCUUGAGACGGCCUCGGAAAUUUCGUCUUCUUGGGUGAGUUUGGUCGAAGAAUACAGCCGCAGGAGCCUCACCUUCAUGACGGAUAAACUACCUGCGAUCAGUGGGUUGGCAGCGGUCGUCUCUCACAAUACCGGACAAGACUUCCACUUCGGCAUUUGGCAACGUCGAGCACAGCAUAUGCUCAUGUGGAGACAUGUUGGUCGUACAGAAGAACAAAAGACGGUUUAUCUUAGGCAAAAGACCCCUCGCGCUCCAACAUGGUCGUGGGCAUCUGUCGAUGGCGGUGUGGAAUUUCUGAAAGGCGCCGUGGACCCUGCGCGGUUAGAUCUUAGAGGCAAAUCUUUGAUCAUCACUGGGCGUCUUGAGAAGAUGGACACAAUCAGGUAUCAUGUGGAGGGCAAGUACUACGGUGAAUAUGAGAAGCAUCGGCCAUGGAUGAAAUUUCGAACGACUAUGAAGUCCUUUCUGGACGACUUGGAUGAUAUACCACACUCACAUCGAAAAACACCACCUGGAGGACCAAAAGAGUUGGUAGGCAUGUGGCUCUUCUUCUUGGGACAGAAUGUAGGACUGAUCCUGGCUCCCGUUGAGCCUGUUGCACUUCAAUCCAAAGGGCUCAGCAGGGAGAAAAUUAACUGGGUAUACGACUUGUUCUCGAGGACGGCGCAGUCGGUGAAGACAUUCCGGCGAGUCGGCGCCUUUAUCGGCUACAAUACUCCACGAGGUGGACAAAACAAGCUCAAAACAAUAGAGAUCAUAUAA